AUGGCGCCCCAAAAAUUCGCCAGCAUGCGCUUGAAGUCCCGGCCUACGCUCGUGCCCUUCAAGGACGAAACUAGCCUCAUCGCCCUCCGCUACGAAAAGACGGUCCAGGCAGAGCCUCCUAUCCCUAUUCUUACGCGGGCUUCCCCAAGAUCCUCCUCAGUCUCAACGCAUCGCACUUCCACUUCUGCAUCCUCUUCGCUUUCGUGUCCGCCCCCCAGCCCUGUCGUCGUGACCCCCCCUCCCACCAUUGAUCAACACCCUGCAUUCCGCUCCCGCACACCUGCCUGCAACACCACGGCCAACGACUGGAAGAGGGAUUCUGGGCUUGCACCAACUUCAUCUUCCUCGGCCACCAUUGCCGAGGAGUGCGAGGACGGGGAGCACACAUACGAGAAGAUCGUCGCCCCGAAUCCAAACAUCGCAGUUGUACAACAAUCAGAGGAGCGUGUGAUACCUUUCGUCUGCGACAACGACUCCCUCAAUUCCGCCGCUGAGUGGUCUCUGAGCAAACAGCGGCAACCCGGUCGAUGCACGCCUUCAACCGGCAAACAGUCCGACAUCAUGGACCACCACCACGUCGCGCAGGUUGAAAUCGCCCAACGAAAGGCGCCUGACAGUUUAAGUAGCACUUUAUCCGUCGGCUCCCCAGUUGCAUUGCGGAAUAAAAGGUUAAGCGACCUGUCACCUGCAGCAGCUCAAAUGAUCACCCAAACGUCUGUCUCCUCUCUUACAACCUCCGACAACUCGCCUAACCUCUCCCCUGUCGACAUACCCGAUACCCUCGACCUCCUGAGCAAGGAUUCCGUCAACUUUUCCCCCAUCUCAAUUUCCAUCCCCACCGACAACCUCAUCGAUGAUGAUUUCCUGAAGACCUUGUCGUUCUCCAAUCGAGGCAGUCUCAUGUUUGGCGGCCGUCGUCCUUUCCCCACACAAACCACGGACGAAACCAUGGCAGACAAGUCACGUACGGACGAAGCCCACGCGCCGGCACCUGCCCCCGCUGAUGCCCCUGCAACAGCAGCCACCCCAAUCCUCCACAUUCAUUACGAGGAGCGGCCCCAGAGUACCGCCGCCAGCACCACAGACGCCUGCGCCAACGAUAUGAGCGCAACCCAGACACCCACGACUGAAGCGACCACGGCAGAGGCGACUGCAGACUCGGCGUCGCAAGCCGCCAUGACGACUCCCAGCAUUCGCGUCUUGUCAGAGGACGUGGAGUUGGAAUCUCGAAAGGUGAGAUCGCUCUAUGAAUCCGGCGAAGGUCUCCGAUGGGAAGACGGAGGCAGACCGUCGGAUGUUGGCGAUCGUCUUGAGGCGACCGUCGAGAUUCCGACGGAUGAUCUUGAGAACGAUCCCGUCGCCGAACUCCAGCCUCCCGCAUGGGGUACUCCAAGAUCUGGAAGUUCAUAUUCCCAAAGGCCCGAAACGCGAAGCGAGUAUGAAGUGGCGGGCGGUCUUGAAGACUGGGAAGAUGUCGAGGGACAAGACGUCGACCGAUAUGGCUUCAUCAACCCGCGUAAGCCAGAGUCGAGAGGCGGCACCCCCACGGAGCUCAAGUCGUCGCAAUACGCCCCCAGAAAAAAGAACGGACUUUCGAAACGGGAUGUUUUCGGACUAGGGCUGCCCUCUAGAGGACCCAGUAGGAAGGUGUCCGCUCGAUCCCUCAACACGCAAACCUCCAGGGCAUCCGCCGCAUCUCGCCGAUCGGCUCGGUCGGUAGUCAGGCAGGCGGGAAACCUGCUUCCUCAUAACCAGGAACGGCGUUGGAUGGACAUUGCCGGAGGUAUGCUUUCUCUGUCUUUAGGGGAUGAAGAAAGCGUAGAGAAGAUCUCCGAAGCCAUUAAGAAGAAAGAAUGGGAAAGGUCCGAGAAGUGGCGGAAAAUGGCUAGGGUCAUCAAAAAGGGAAAAGACGGCGAAGGCAUGGAGUUCGAGUUUGACGUCAAGAACCAGAAGCUCAUUGAUAGGACGUGGAAGGGCAUCCCCGACCGAUGGAGAGCGUCCGCCUGGUACUCGUUCAUGGCAACCCAUGCCAGGUCCCACAAGAACUCUCCGUCCGAGGACUCCAUCAUCACCGACUUCCAUCGCCUCCAGUGUAGGGGAUCGCCAGAUGACGUGCAGAUUGACCUCGACGUUCCUCGCACCAUCAGCAGACACGUCAUGUUUCGCAAGCGCUACAAGGGCGGUCAGCGUCUGCUGUUUCGGGUUCUGCACGCGCUGUCGCUCUACUUUCCAUACACAGGCUACGUCCAGGGCAUGGCCUCCCUGGCCGCGACACUGCUCUGCUACUUCGACGAGGAGAAGUGCUUUGUGAUGCUCGUCCGCUUGUGGCAAUUGCGAGGACUCGAGAAGCUUUACAGCCCCGGCUUUGAUGGACUGAUGGCGGCUCUCAACGAUAUGCAGACUAAGUGGCUGGACGGCAAGGACGUCGCGAAGAAACUGGCCGAGCUCUGCAUCGACCCUACAGCGUAUGGCACGCGAUGGUACUUGACGCUUUUCAACCUAUCCAUCCCUUUUGCCGCCCAGCUUCGCGUCUGGGACGUCUUUCUACUCCUCGGGGAGAACCCCUCAGAUUCUCCCAAGGUGUCCAGUUCGUCGACCACCAUGGACGGCAUCGAUAUUCUACAUGCUACUAGCGCGGCUCUGAUUCAUGCACUGCGCGAGGUCCUUCUCGACUCGGAUUUUGAGAACGCCAUGAAGGCGCUAACAUCCUGGAUCCCAGUGAAGGAUGAGGAUAUUUUGAUGAGGGUGACCCGGGCAGAAUGGAAGAGCCGACAGAAGAAAAGGUUCUAG